AUGGAUUACUCGGACGCCUUCCGGUUCAUCAACCUUGCGGUUGGCGUCUUCCUCAUCUUGGGCGGUGUUGGACAGUUCUUUCCGAGUAUUGGAGUACAAAACGUGAUUAUCGCAGUCUACCUCUUCAUCUUCGGUGUUUCAACCGCACUCCUCGAAUUCCAGAUUCCACCGCAAGUCGCCCGCUAUGCCAAUUUCAUGUUCUCCUUCAUCGGUCGCGGCGUCCUUUACCUCUUCCUCGGCUGCAUAACGAUGGGUGACUACUGGUGGAAGUACGUCGCAGGAGCGAUUGUCGCGUUGGUGGGAGUCGCGUAUAUUGGCUUGGAGUUUGUGCCUAGCAUUGAGCCACCUGCCAAUAUGAGGGACGCGGACCAGGGAUGGGGUGCGGAGCAGGUCUAA